AUGCGCUUUCGAGGUGUCUGUGGUUCCAAGACGUGGCAGGACUUGACACAGGCCUCGAGAAGCCACCGGAGAAGGUUGCACACGUGGUCGGGACGCGUUGGCUGGAGGACUCGCGGAUCACAGCUGGAGCUGUUGCCGACCACUGCAGCCAUCAUCGAUUUUCUUGCCGGGCCCCGAUGUAGCGAUAUAGCCGGCCGAGAGCAGCGCCUGGCCCUGCAUAUGCGCUUAUGCGGUCCGGACCCAUGGCUGACGCCCGCCCGCCUAGCGCCCGUGGGGUCCCACCGGAGCGGCCGCCAAGCAGCCGAGCAGCAGCUCUGGGCCGAGGAUUUACCAGCAUCCCACUUUGAAUUUUGGAGGGCUUUUUGGCGUGCCAGACCUUACGUCGACGCUCCAGUCAACCCCACCUAUUGGCGACGGCACUACCAGGUACCAGGUCAAGCGACGGGAGCCCAUUCGCAUUCGGGGUCGGCCAGCUCCUCAGGCCCGCAAAGCGCCAGCACUCCACGACAUCCCGGGGUCCUCACGUCUUCACUCGACCGCAUACACCCAAGCCCCCAGAGUCCUCCCUCCGACAAGCCAGCCAGCCAGCACGGCACGUCGCCCGCCAUGGAUAUCACCAACUUCGUCGUGGCCGCGCGCAACCAGGCCCUCCUGUACGGGGACUACUCCACCUACCACAGGCAGCUCGGCAAGAAGCUGUUGAGCUGCCGCAAGAAGCUGGGCAUCUCGAUCAAGAGCCGCGGCAAGUACAACAAGAAGGGCGACUACCGCGAGAUCCUGCCCGACCAGAUCUCCGAGAACCAUGCCUGGCUGCACCUGCUGCUGCUCACGGCGGAGCGCGCUUGGUCCCAUGCCAUGGAGCUGAAGGCCCUGCACUCCACCGACACCCAGGGCAUCACCGGCCGCACCCGUUCGCACAUCAUCUCGAGACUCGACAAGGCGGCGAAGGUGGCAGAGCGCCUCGUCGAGCUGCUGUCCGACCAAGCCGCCAGUGGUGCCAGUCCCACUGAUGGCCUCGAGGCAAAGGCCUACGCUGCCCUGAUCAGGGGUGCCGAGCGAUUUGAGAAACAAAGCUGGGAGCCAUGUUUGAGGAGCUACUCUACCGCGCGUGUCAUAUACAACGCCUUGUCGACCGUGCAGAACCCCGACAUCGCCAAGGACCUGCUUUCCGAGACCAUCGACCCCUCGAUACGCUACGCUGCUUACCAGCUCAAGAUACCCCGUACCCAGGCGAUCCCCACCAUUGCCAAGAAGGCUUUUCCCUCGGACAGCUCUCUGGUAGACCAGAUUGACAAGAUCGACCCCAGCCUACUCAAGCAGACCGGCGCAGACGCUCAGAAGGGCCAGGCCGACGCGCCCAACGCCCCCCAGUCAAUCAACUGGAGAUCGAGAGAGGUCAAGAUCGAAGAUGCCUCCAUUGCGGUAGCCCUGGCCUCGACCGAAGCCGCGGUAGCACAGCUCAAGGAGAAGUUGGCCUCACCCGAGGUCACGCUCCCGAAGGAGAUGGCGGCAGCCUAUGACGGAGUCCUCAUCGCUAGCCAGGAUGCUGCAGACGCCACGAAGCAUGCCAUUGACGAGCUGAAAGAAGAGGGCGUGUCACAGAACGAUAGCCGGGUCCAGAGUUUACAGAUUACCCGCACGGCUGUCAAUUACCAGAUGAUCAGCUGGCGAAUCGGCCGUAACCGAGUACUAAGCGGUAACCACGAUGGCGCCCUCCUUGACUCGGCACCCAACACCACACGUAAAGCAAAGAAGGAAAGCGAACAGGAACACGGGUCCAAGAGGCCCAAGUCUGAAGCACCCGGCAGAAAGAUUGCCCGACUCAAGGAGAAAGUCGUGCUUUAUGAUGCGACCCUGCAGAGCUUGGACUCCAUCAAAGAGUUACCGGGCGUUGCAGCAGACGAAGACCUACAGGAGCAACUGGAUGCGACCUACAAGUACUUCCACGCUCUCAAGUGUCUUUCGAUUGCACGCUCUCACUCGCUCGCUGAGAACUCUGUCAAUGCCUUGGCCCUGACAAGGCAUGCGUUCAAUGAGUCUCAGAAGUCUGCUGCAUUCUUUUCCAAACAGAUGUCGACUUCUACUGACGGGGCGCCUCUGAAUAUCGAGAUUCGCGAUACCGAUAUUGAGUUCCUGACCAAUCUUUUGAAGGGCGAGCUCCAGCGGUGCCGCGCAUUGGUAGAAAUCGACAACCUCCGGGCCAAGAAGGACUCCUCGGGCAUCAAGUCCACCGCUCCCUUGGUGCAGCGCUUGUACGAAUACCCAACAGAAGGCGCAGAUCUGGAGAACCUUGUGACCUACCCCCCCAAGCUUGAGCCCAUCCCGGUCAAGCCGCUUUUCUUUGACGUUGCAUGGAACUACAUCGACUACCCAGGACAGACACCAGUUGCAUCGACAAAGGCGGAAGUAUCGCAGCAGAAGAGCGAUGAGGGCACUCCAAAGAAGAAGGGUUGGUUCGGAUUCGGCCGAGGCUAG